UGUUUUUUCACUAGGUCCUCUCGAUUUAACUUUGAAAAUAGCACUGCGAAGAACUGAUCAUUUGUUCUCAAGUUUAUUUCUCUGUGUUCUACACUGAUCCACGCGAUUCAAUCGAUCUCUGCAAUUCAGUUGAUUGGUUUGUGGGAAAGAAUUACCUCCAUUGAGGUUGUUUCGUUUUACUCAUGUCAGUGCCAAAAGAUGAUGGCAUGCCCUUCCCUUCUGAGCUCUUAUCAGACGUUUUCGAUGAGCUUCUUGAUUGUAUUAUCGUUGAUGUUGCAUCAGAGUCGCACCGUAUAGCUAGGCUAGGACUUGACCGUCAUUUGGAUGAUGAGGAAGAGGAGUUGAGGCUGUCGGCUGAGGCACGAGCAAGGGCAUCCGACCCUAGCCAUAGUGGGGAAGCCAAUGGUAAAUACGUGGUUGACAUAUUUGGGCAAACUCACCCUGCAAUUGCUAAUGAGAUAUUUGAGUGCAUGAACUGCAGCCGAUCUAUUGUGGCUGGGAGAUUCGCUCCUCAUUUGGAAAAAUGCAUGGGAAAGGGUAGAAAGGCGCGCCUCAAGUCGACUAGGAGCUCGACAGCUGCACAGAACCGCUACUCUCGAGGGAGCCCUGUUUCCAAUACGAACCGUUUGGCUAACGGAAGCGCUGGAAAUGCAGGUCAUGAAUAUCCCAAUGGAGCAUCGGAAGAACCAUGAGAAGACACGGUUCAUGGUUACUUCGAGCUCGAGCCUUUAGGUGCCGUGACCCCCCAGCCCAUCGAGCCUACAGUAUCUGCCAUGCCCCAUCCCAAAAGGAUUCGUCAAGCUGUUACUUACUUACUUAGAACAGGUUCUAGUCCUGGCUCAUUUCUAAGACACAGUUGGGAUAUGGCAUGUAAAAUAGAAAAAAAUGGAUCAUUAAUCUUGACACUUCUGCUGCUUAAAAAGGAGCUUUUUAUGUGUUAA